AUGGGAUGUGAUGGAGGUACCAUACCCAAAAGGGACGAAUUAGUGAGGACUAAGAAGAAACCAGAACAGAAAGAUAAAACCUCUGAGCUUGCCUUUAAAUGGAAGCACUGUGCCAUCAGCCAGGAGGCUUUGGUGAAACCAAUAGUUGCUUGUGAGCUAGGAAGAUUGUACAACAAGGAAGCAGUUCUGGAAUUUCUCUUGGAUAGAAGCAAAUUUGAAGUUGCUGCUCAGUUUGAUCAUUUGAGAGUCCUAAAGGAUAUUAAGGAGUUGAAUCUGACAGACAAUCCAGAAAGUCGAUCUCGAGAUGCAGACAAAGGUGAUAGCUUCAUUGAUCACAACAUUUCUGACUUUAUUUGUCCAGUAGUUGGCAUAGAAAUGAACGGGAACCACAAGUUCUGUUUUCUGUGGUCCUGUGGAUGUGUUUUAUCUGAACGUGCCCUGAAAGAGGUGAAGAGUGAGACUUGUCACAAAUGUGGAAAGCAGCUUUCUGAGGAUGAUAUUGUCAUACUGAAUGGAACAGAGGAAGAUGUUGUAGAAAUGAAAGACAACAUGGAGAAACGCAGAGCCCUGCUUAAAGCUUCAAAGAAGACCAAGAAAGCGGAGAAGCACAAACUGACGGGUGCAGCUGCUCCAGAGUCAACAGUUGGCAAGAAAAGGUGUCCAGGUUCUGCUGCAUCCUCAUCAUCAUCUGUCUCUAAUAGCACACAGUCUAAACCCAGCAGCGGCCCAGGAAAACUUCAGAUUCACAAAAGUGGCAAUGGAAAACUACCAGCUAAUAAAAAGAAGCCAGAAGACUCCAAAGGAAAUGGAAUAUGUAGUCUACAGAACAACCCAAACUCCAGCAAGACCUUUAAGUCCUUGUUCACCAGUAGCGAAGCAGGAAAAUCUCAAAAACAGGCUCAUUGGGUCACAUACAAUCCCCUGUACUUUUAA